UAUCAGUAUUUCAGCAACUUCUCUCGUGUUUUUGUCUUUGGAUAUUGAACAGUAGGCCAAUCCAAGAUGGCGACAUUGUUACCUAAUAAGGCAAUGUUUACAAAUGGUUUCAACUACUUUUGGACGGCCAUUUUUCUGUUAUUGCCUGCUACCAGCUUUAUUUUCAUACGUAUUUUGUUUACUAACUCGGCAAUUGUCUGCUUUGUUCCAUCCCAUAUGACGAUUUCUAUGGGACACUUUAUGCAUGAAGUUUGCUGGAACAAGGAAACGUAUGAACCAUUGUACCCAGUACCAUCUAAAAAUAUAACCCAAGGCGAAUUGUUGACUGAAAAACCACUGAUUACAUCUUACCAUGCAUGGUUCCCUUACAUUCUGUUUGUGUUGUUUUUACUGUUUACGGUUUUCCAAGGAAUGUGCCAUUUGGUGAAGAGAGGGCUCGACUACCGGAAAUCAAAUUCGGACUCUAAACUUGGUGAGAGAUUCCUAGCGGCAGAGCUCUCACAACGGAUUGAAGAAUUAUCUUCCCAAAAGUUUCGAACGGUGUCCUUGAUUUUUCUAAAAUUUUUGAUUUUUCUAAACGUUUUGGCUCAAGUACUUUACCUAUUGUCAACGUUUGGUUCUAAAGAAAAAAAUUCAGAGUACAUGUCACCCGACGGAGAGAAACAGAAUUACACUUACACUGACCAGGCCUUUCCAGAGAGUGUCUUAUGUGAAACGAGGGUAAGAAGAUUUUCCACUAUCGAAACAUACACAAUACAUUGCAAUUUACCCAUGAAUGAAGUUUUCAAAAAAUACUCCAUUCUCCUGUGUUUGUGGUUCGUGCUGGUGGCAAUUCUUUCCCUUGGUCAUCUGAUCUGCUUGAUUGGCUUCUGCUUUCGCAAGAACUACACCAAGAGAUUAUUCUCGAAAGUUCUUCCCAAAGAAGAUGUUCAACACGUACUGAAGAGGAUCCAAGGAACCGAUGGUUUGUUUAUCUUGUGGUCUAUCUACAGAAAAGAAGAUUUCAACGUAUUUAGGGAUGUUGUCCAGUUGCUUCGAGGAUCUUUUCAAUCGGAUACUGAUGAUGACCAACCUGACAAGAAAAUGGCAAUUGCUGAAGGAGUUCCUCAGAUUGUGGUCGAACAGGAGGAUCCUGAUGAUGGUAAACUUGAUGUGCCGAAAGUAUAAUGAACUUUCUUCAAGACUGGAGUUCGUAGUGCUCAUUAAUUUUCCUUAUUUUAAUUUAGUUAGCACAGUUAUUUCAAUAUUACUUCAAACUUCAUUUAGGAAAUUUUAUGGCCGUUAAAGCGAACUUCUGGACAAAUAUUAAAAAUCUGAUUUUGCUUCUUAGCUGAUUUGUUUGUUCAGACAUAUUGAUCUGAUUGUAUCUCAUGAUGUUGACCUAUAUAUAGUGGUAGCGGUUGUCGAGCGCGAAGCAGAGCUUACUCUUUUCAAAACACCUGAUGGUACUUCUAUUUGGAGGAAUCUACUACUAUACAAUAUCUACUCUCGAUUUUGCCAUACUUUGGACGAGAUUUUGAUUAACGGAAUUAUCUUGCUUGUACGGACUUUUAUUUGAUUGUUUCUCUUUUAGUCCAAAGGUUUGAAGUGACCUUUACGCAAUUUAGAAUUUCAGCAAAUGCAGGCGCACCUUGAGCACUUUUUUAACAGUCAAAAUAUUGUGUUAUUGUUAAUUGAUAAAUUAUGCGAACAUGCCAAUCCAAUCACUCAUAUAUACAAAUACAUGUAUAGCCUACACAAACUUAUAACCUUAGACUACUUGCUUAUCUUACAUAAAUACAGUGAUAUAAACUUACUGCUAUCGGGCGAAUAUAAAUUAGUGGGAAGACAAAUAAUUUUGCCCCAAACCUUAUUAGAAAAUAGAAAUUUUCUUUGCUAUCUCUUGAUCUAUGCGAAUAAUAAUGACUAAUUUUGAAUUAAAUUUAAAAUCGUUAAACUGGAAAAACUUGACUGUUUAAACUCGCGUACAAUUUUAACACUCGUAUAUAUAUAUCCUCCUUCCCCCCUUACAUCUCUUUGAAAUAUAUGUUGGUACUCCUAGUAAAAAUGCUUCACCGUUUACGCCCCACUUGCUUUCGGAAGUUGCCGAGAUUGUCGAAUGUAACUUUUUAGUAAAGGCAUCUUCACAAUCUCAAGGUAAACGAACAUCGUCUUAUACCUUGACUGCAAUAGACACCUUUUUCGUAUUAAGGACGUUUGUAAAUGAAGCGAUCUGAUUGGAUUGUACGCCAGCUUAUACAGCCAGUCAAAUGCCUUGACAAAAAGUCUUUGAACACAAAGCCAUAAUGUUUGUGAAGACGAACUGGUAUAGUAAGUAAGUUUGCUUCCAGAUUUCUAGAGUAAACGUCCAAAAUGAAAACUAGCAAUUAUUGAAAGAUUCAGAUUUAUUUGUUUGUAUUGUUGGGCCCUUUUUGACAGCAUACAUCAAAAUACAAGAUAUAAUAUGAUAAUGUAUAUAAAUAUAAAUAUAACACAGCAAUGGGUA